UUGUUGUUGUUGUUGGGCAAUCGACAGAUUGAUAAAAUGGAUAAAUCAUUUGUUAAACAUUCAAAACAUGAUAUGGCUCCAUAUACAUUUCAUUUACAUUCAAAUUUUGCUCAGCUUUUAGCAUUAAUACGUCGUGGUCAUUAUGAUGAUGUUAUUGAAUUAUUACGACAUGAACCAAAAUUGCUCAAACUACGUGAUCGUAUGGGACGUUCAGCAUUACAUCAUUGUGCUGAUUGUUGGCCGCUGUCAAUUAAUCGACCAGAUAUUAAUGCCGAUAUUGGACAAUUAUUAAUACGAAUGAUGCCAUCAAUGAUCGAAUGGCAAGAUCAAGAAGGAAAUAUACCAUUACAUUUGGCUGUGAUCAAUGGUGAUAUUGGUCUUAUAAAAAAUUUACUUAGAUCUAUGACACCUAUACAGAUUAAUAUUGCCGAUCAUGAACUACAUACAGUUAUACAUUGGGCUGUGGUCAGUGGUCAAUUGGAUGCCAUGACAAUGGCAAUUGAUCAUGGUGCCAAUCCAUCUACACCAGAUAUUUAUGGCGCCUAUCCAGUACAUUAUGCUACACAGAAUUUUCUUGACAAUAGCAAUACAAUAAGUACAAGUAAAACUGGAUCAACACGUCAUCUUCUUCAAGCACAACAGCAACAACAAUUGUUUGGCUCAUCAACUUAUAAUCUUCAUCAAUUGGAACCUAUUCCACUACUAUUACCGGAGAUAAAUUCAAAAACAAAAUCGUCGUCCAGCCAACAACAACAAUCAUCAUCACAACGUCGAGCAACUUCAUUACGUAUCUUACACUAUUUACUGACCAGACCACAGAUUGAUGUUAAUUGUAUCGAUAAUGAACAACGAACACCAUUAAUAUGGUCCGCUAGUUCAGGUAAUCAUGAUGCAUUAUUGGUUUUGGUAAAAGCUGGUGCCGAAAUAUCACAACAAGAUAAAGACGGUCUUUCAGCAUUACAUUGUGCAUCAAGUCGUGGACAUUAUCGUUGUGUUCAUACAUUAAUAACAAUGUGUGGUGCUGAUGUACAUCAAUUAGAUUCUGGUGGUUGUACACCAUUAUUCUAUGCAGUAGCAUUAGGUCAUCCAGAUUGUGUACGGUUAUUAUUAGAAUCCGGUGCACAAUUAGAUCAUCAAGAUCAUAAAGGUCGUACUGCAGCACAUUGUGGUGCAGCUAAAGGACAAUUUGAAACAUUAAAAAUACUACAAGAAAAUGGUGCAAAUUUAUGGUUGAAAAAUGUUCGCGGUGAUUUACCACUUCAUGAUGCUGUUAAAUCUGGACGUGUUGAUCUUGUAAAAUGGUUUUUAGAUCAAUCACCCGAAUCUGUAAAUGCAGUUAAUCUUUAUGGAAGAUCACCAUUACAUAUUGCUGCUUUUAAUCAUAAUAUUGAAAUGUGUAGUUUACUUGUUUCAUAUGGUGCUAAUAUGAAUUCAAUUAUGAAAGUACGUAAUCAAUAUCUAACACCAUUAGAUGCUGCAUUACAGAAUGGAUCAAUAACAACAACAACAACUUCAACAAAUCUAGAUGAAUUAUUAGAUUAUCUUCGAAGACAUGGUGCACAACCAUUAUCACAAAUUGAUAGUCAACUUGCUGAUCAUAACAAUUAUAAUCUGCAUAGUGAAAUGGAAAAUUCAAAAUUUCAAUUAUCACCUUCUUCAAAUAAAGAUGUAUCAUCAGUUUCUAAUGUUACUUUACAACAAGAACAACAACAACAAAAUGCUCCCAUUUUAUUAGAUACAAAUUUUUCAAAAAUCAAAUCCAGACGAUCACAAGAAUCCAAAAUUCAAAAUAAUGAAAUCGAACAACAACGACAUAAAUCUAAAUCAAAAUUGGCUCGUUUCGAUGAUGAUAAUACCACUACAAAACUGCCUAAUCUCGUACAAAAUAAUCAACAAACAAAUGAACAGACUAGAGCUGUUUCAUCAAAAUCUCAAUCUUCAUCAUCAUUACCAUCUUCAUCACCAUCGAAUUCGGUUGUUCAUUCAGCUACCGCUCAUAAUCAUCAUCAUCAUCGUCAUCAUUUUACUGAUCGUUUGAAAAAUGUUCGUGAAUUUGAUACUAUUUUGGAUGGUAAUGGUGAAAAUAAUAAACAUCCUACACAUUUAAAACAAGCAAUCAUAACAAAUGUCUAUUUGACUACUACUACACCAUUGGCUGCAGUAGCUGGAACAACAUUACCAUUAACAACAUUGGAAAAUAAUGAAAUUACUCAUAGUUCGGAUAAAUCAAUAGCAACAGGAACAGCAUUAGUACCAGUUUAUUAUGUUAAACGUGUUUCACCAUUGAAAAAAAUUUCAUCAUCUGUAUCACAAAAACGGACAAAAAAAUUAAAAAAAUCUCGUGUCAUUAGUGAUGGUCAAGUUUCGGUUAUUCUAAAAACACAUGAUACGUUUUAUACAGCAUCAGAUGAUGUAGAUGAACAUGAGAAAUUAUUAUCGAAAAAAAGUGAAAAAUCUGAACAAAAAUUGAUAAAAUCACAUGAUAAUGAUGAAGAUUAUAUUGGAGAAGAAGAUGAUAAAAUAGCAGAAGACCUGAAUAGUGAACUUAAAGAUGAUCAUAGUAAUAUUGGUGAAGAUGAUGAUGAUGAAAAAGUGGAAGAAAUUUCAAAUCUUAAAGAAUUCGAUGAAACAAUUUCCGAACAAAUGAUGGACAAAAAAACGCCUGAUUCUGGUUUUGAAAAUGAAGAACAACGCCGGACAAGUUUGUCGAAUAAAGUAAAAGAAAAUGAAAUAGAAAUGAAAAGAAAAACUUUAUCAUCAUCAUCAUCAUCGUCAUCUGAAUCAAAUCUUGUUGAUAUAAAACGAAAAGAUUCAAAAAUCGAAUCAACACACGAAACAGAAGAUGGCACUGUUGAUCAUAUUCAUGAAACGAUACGAUCUGAUUCGAAAGAUAGAAAUCGACCAGAAAUUCCCCAAGAAUUGAUACAACGAGAUUUUGUUCAAUCAUUAAAUGAUGAUGAUAAUAUAGGAAUAGAAGAUGAUAAUAAUGAUGAUGAUGAUGAAAGAAGAAAACGUUCAAUUUCCAAUAUAUUAGAAGAGCCUAAAUUUAAAGCACAAAAAUCAAUCGAAAGUUUACAAUCACAAAAAUUAUCAGCUGCUAAUUCAAUUGAAGAUGAAGUUAAAUCUAUAAAAUCAGACCAAGAUUCCACUGAUAAACCAACUGAUCAAUUGGUGAUCGUUAGCAUUACGCAAAAAGUUCCUGAUGAUGAUGAUGAACCUCGGAUUGUUGAAGUUAUUGGCGAUCAAGAAGAAAAUAAAAAAGAGGAAGUUGAAACAUUGGAUGACCAAAAUGAACAAGAUACGAACAUUGAUCAUGAAACUGUGAAAACUGAUGAAGAUCUUAAUGAAGUGAAUGAAGAUGAGAUUUAUAAAAAAGAAAUCAAAUUUGAUGUCAUUGAUGAUAUACCAUCUGAAAUGAUAAAAACAGAUGUUUCUUCUAUGCAUGAUGCUGAUGAUGUUAUCGAUACGACAGGCGAAAAAAUAAUUGAUACUGCUGAUUCUGAUGUAAAAAGCCUCGAUAAUGCUGGUGAUGAUAAUACAAGUGUUGAUGGUGCUUUACAUUCAAUCAAAAGUGUUGAUUCCGUUGAAAAACCAAAAGUUCAAGAACCGAUUAUUGCUCCAGAUGAUGAAAUUAAUGAUGAUGCAAAUGUUACUGCCAAAGUUGAAAGUGAACAAAAAGAUUCACUUACUGAACCACCUAGUCGAAUUUUGUUACGACGAAAUUCAUAUACAAAAGGUUCAAUUGAAUUGAAUGAAAAUCAACAAUCAUCUGGUAAUAUUAAUGAUCAACCAGCAUCAUCAACUGUUUUUGAAUCAUCAUUUGGUCCUGUUCGUCAAUUAAAAGGCAAGAAAAAAUCUUAUGAUUAUGUUCGACCAAAAGUAGAUUCAUAUUGGUCAGAUGAUUAUCAUCGUCAACAUCAACAUACGGAUCAUUCACCUAAUCAUUUAGUAUUAUCGGGUAAACAUGAUCAUCAUUACAAACAUCAUCACCAUCAUCAUAAUGAUAGACAUGGUGGUAGUAUGGGAUAUUUACCUUCAACAUCAAUGAAUGAUGAAUAUUCACGGAUUGAUCCAAAAAUAAUCAAUCAAACAGUAGAAAAAUAUUUGAGAAAAUAUUAUCUAGAAAGACAAUUGUUUGAAGAAUUAUAUGAUUUAAAACGUUAUCAAAUCCGUACUGGACGUACAAAUGAACCACAAUCAGUUCGUCGGUUAGUUGAUCGAUUUCGUCGUGAAAUGAAAGCACCAGGAAUGGUUGAUUUUAAAGGUCCAUACACUUAUCGUGCUUAUGAAAUGUAUCUUUAUGAUUUACUUCGACAAUUAUCACGUUCAAAUCAGAAAAAAUUAGCUUAUAUGACUAAAUCAAUCAGUUAUGAUGAUUUAGCUGCAAACUAUGAACGUUUGCAUGCUGAAACUGAUCAACAACAUAAACGUCAAAGUCAUGGACAUUAUUCUUCGAAAAAUUUUGGCCCAUCAGAUGUUUCUUCCGAUACAUCUGAAACUACUCAUAAUCAUGAUGAAUAUGAGAAAAGAAAAAAUGAAAGAGAAUCGGCUACUCAACGUCAUCAUCAUCAUCAUCAUCAUGGUCAUUCGAAAAUGGAUCCACUAUUAGAUUAUGAUAGACAUCCACAUGGUUUAGUUGUUGAUUAUAAAUAUGAAUAUCAUAAAUCACAACAUCGAAGAGGUGAUUCUUAUCAAGGUGAAUUAGUUGAUGUGAUAUAUGAAAAUCUUUAUAAAAGUACUGGUGUUCAUGGAUCAAAAAUGGAUGAAAUGGCAGUAUCAAGAAAAAUAGUUCAACGAUCAGGUCAAGAAGAAGAAGAAGAUGAUGAUGAUAAUAAUGAUGAUGGUUCCAGAAAAGAAAAAAAUGCUGCAACAUCAGCAACAACAACAGCGGCUGAUAAUCAAAAAAAUAUGGAUCAAUCAGAUCAAAAGGUAAGAUGGCCUAGAGAUAAUGAUACAAGCCAUAGUUGUUGUGUUACUAAAAGAAAAUGUGAUGAUGAUGAUGGAUAUGAUUUCUCUCGUUGUUAUCUAUAUGGCCAUCAUGGAUUAUCGCCAUUAAAUUUGAUUGAAUCAAAUUCAAAUAGUCCGGAUAAUUUACAUCGACGAUUAAUCAGAUUAGGACAAUCAUCGAUCAUUAAUAAUAAUAAAAAACAUGGUAAACAAAAAAGAAAAAUCUAUAAAUUAUCAAAAAAACCAUAUAAAGUAAUUAUACCACAUGCUAAUGAAAUACAUCAACGAUGGCAACAGAUUAAAGAACAUGAACGUAAACGUAAACAUUAUAUUCGUAAUGAUCUGCAAUCAUCAUUUUCAUCAUCAUCAAUUGAUUCCGAUAUAACACUUUGGUUUGAAUUGAAUCGUAAAUGGCGAUCUUAAAAUUCGAUUAUUGUAGAGAGAGAUGAUUACAGCAGCAUAUUCUCGUCACACACACAAACAAUUUAGAAUAGUUUUCUAGAUUUAAUAGCUUUAUUGAUUGUUUUCUGCAAAUCUUUUUUUUUCUUGAUGAAUCUCUACAAAAACUUUUAUCAUUUGUUAACAAUUUGA